AGCAAAAUUUUUGGAUGACAGUAAUAGGGUUAAGCAAAGAUGAUGGCGACCACAAUGAGAAUGGCAAAAAAGCAAUAAGUUUAGAUUAGCAAAACAAUAACUUUGGAUGUGCAUCACGCUUCUUUGUACAUUUCGUAGCUGUCAUUGCACGACUGCGACAUGAAACUUCCUAAUUGUCGCGUCUGCUUUAUGGAGCAGGUGAACACUACAUAAAAAUUUUGUUUUCCUUUUUGUGAACUCAGAUACCGUCGUUUCGGAUUCAGGCCCAGAAAUUUUGCCAAUAUUUGACUAAUCAAAUGAAAUUGAAUAAAAUCAAUGAAGUUUGAAACAGUGCAAAUUCACUUUUUAAGUGAUGUUUUCAGUUUGUUGCCAUCCAUAAAUUUGGCUGCCUUGGCAAAGUGACAUAACAACUUCUCCUCUCUAUUGAAAGGUCUCUGAUUUUCAGGGUGUCGGCUUUUAGCUGAGAUUUGCCUUAUGGAUGAAGAAAUACGGUAACUAAUUUACUAUUGGUACUGACUGAACUCUACAGUUUCAAAAUGACUGUAGUAAAGUAGUAAUUGAACUUCUCGUCAUGCAAUUUUGGUCUGAAAUCAUACUUGUGAUUGCAAAUCGAACUGGCACUGUGCUCUCAUCUGUUUAAAAUUCCAUGUUGAUUUCAGUGUACCAAUUGGCCCUCCACUCAGUUCAGUUACCAUGUGAUUAUUAAUUUUUUUCCAACUAAAUUAGGCUAAAAAAGAUAAAGACAUCAUGGAAGGAGUUGUUUCAAUUCCUGAUCUGGAUGAUGAAAACCAGUCCAGUGAUGAUAAGAAUGGGGUUGAUAGCAGGUACUUAUUGAUAAAACUUGAAGGUUUUAGUUAAUUUUCAAGUGACCUUUAGCUGUCUUAAAAAGUGAGAUGAAAUGGAGAGAGAAUGGUAUUUUGCUGAAGUAUGGUAAAAAAAUUGACAUUUCAGUUCACUAUAGCACUAAUUAAACAGUAGAUAAAUGCAGAAUUAUUGUCACGCAAACCUGUUUUAAGCUCUCUUAAGUAAGAUCAUCAGCAGAACUGAUCUAGUCUUUUAACCAGGCAGUCAUGACUGAGAGAACACUAAGAUUUCUCUGUUCUGAGAUGCCUGUGUCACCAACUAAAAGACAUCAGUUCUCAGCAAAAGAGUAGUAAUAUGUAUACUCAGUCUGGUAAACUACCUAAAAUCUCAAAGUAUUCGGGUUCAAAAACUAGAACAUUGCCAUGAAAGAUAUUAAAGGGACAGGUUCACAGUUCAGCGCAUGCUCAUUAAUUAAAUUACUUUUUUCCAAUUUGUUAUUAAUUCUAUCGGUUAAUAAUCACACUCACAUGUAUCUCAAUAAUCUCAGAGUGUAUUUCAAAGUAGAAGUGUAUUUCAGUGUAACCUGAAGUGGGAUGGAGGAGUACUAAAUUCGCAGAAAAAUUAGUGGAUUAUGCCAACACUACCUACGUUGAAUUUAUUGUUGACCCGAGGGUUUUAUUCCAUGGUUGAUUACUUUACAGCUAAUUUCACCUAAGUUGAUCAAGUAACUGCCAGGGGAGUGUGCAGAUUGGUUCUUUCACAUUAUUAUAACAUGAUCAUCUUGCUUUCAUAGACGAUACAGCAUGUCCCGACAGAAAAACAGCAUUUUGAUUAACAAGUAUGCGUUGAACCGUGAACCUGUCCCUUUAAUCAUCGUGGAUAAUUUGUAUAGAGGGUUUAGUUUUAUCGUUUGUCUCACAAUAAUUGUCACUUUGAUAUUGAUCGUGACAUUUUGACCGCACACUGCAGGUCUUCAUCAGACAAUAAUGUUGACUUACUGAGGCAAACUAUUUGUACCACCAUGAUUGUGAUUGUGAUUGAUCAGUGAUUGGUGUAUCACAAACCUCGCUCUUGGUUGGUGGGUUUUGAUCCAACGCAUUGUUGGCAUUGUGAGAGGAAGAAACUUAUCCCUCGGCAGUCCACUGUGGUAGAGGUCGGAUGUCAUGUUGUCUGAUUGUUGGCAUCCAUGUUUCAGGAAUCUCAAUUCCACUGUCCCUGUUGAUUUUGUUAGGAUAAAGUCUUAUGUGGAUGGCCUCCUUAACCUAGGUUCUGCAGUAUAGAAAAACAAUUUUAAAAAACAUUAGAAACAAAUCGAGCAGGGUUUAACUUUGCAAAAUGUCAUCACAAUUAUUGUGAUGACAUUUUGCAAAGUUAAAAAAAGGGUCUGGUUGACAAAAUAAUUUAAUUCCUAUUAAAGGUAACUUUGAUAUAAAAAAUAACCAUUUAUUUUUAUUAAUUUUGAAUUAAUUUUUUAAUAAUUUUUAUUUCUUCCCCUUCGUUCAAGAAGUUAAAAAAUAAUUUUUUUUUUGUAUUUAGCAGGGAAACUAUCAUUGAUGCUGCUGUAAAAAAUGUCCUUUGGCAAAUGAGCUCAGAUCGAAAAACAACUGCAUUGAAACAACUCCAAGGUCAUAUCUGGAAAGAAGCAUAUGAUGAUGGAAAAAUCAAAGGAGAGUAAGUCUUGUCUUUAUUCCUUAUUCAUCAAUGGUUAAAUUUUUCUAUUGUAACCCUGAGUUUCAGGCAUUUCCGGUGGGGUAAGAGGAAGAGAGAAGGUUCAUCCUCUAAAAUCUCCUUUAUCAUAACCCCUAACGAAGGCCUGAUGUGAGCACAAUUCUGUUUAAAUAAUAAGCUACUUAUUGCAGGCCCUCUGAAAGGAUACAAAAAACCGUUCGGAAAUAAUUUGUACAAUUGGUUAUUUUCCGACACAGACCAAUUUGUGGUCUUUUUCCAGCUGAAUGUCAGUCUUUACGGCAGACGUUUCAACGAUUCAGGCUCUAUUAUUUGCCAAAUAUCUUCAUCGCUUUCGCUGUUGGUUUGAGUGACUAGAAGUUCAAUUCCAAAAACAUAGCUGAACAACGUCAUCAUUGCACGGGCGUGCAUAAAUAAAGAUUUUGUUCAUAGCGGCUCAAUAGGAGUUAUACAGGGCAAGCACUCACGCUAUUGUUAUAAUUAAAUAUACUAGAUUUGAGGAUUUCUUUGCAAUGGUUUAAAGUCCACUGUCUGAAGUAAAUUUAGAAUGCAUUUAUUUUAUUUUAUUCGUUUUAGCUCUGGCUAAAUCUAUACAGUAUCCGUUUGUAAAUGCACCCAUUUGGAGUGCGCGUAAAAAUCACUCAUUUUUCUCUUUCCCCGCCGCGUGGCGCCUUUUCUCGCGUGGUGUGAUUUUCACACACGCUCGCGUUUCGCUCGCUCUGCUAUAGAAAGCUGCCCGCAAAGUGCAGGCAAAUGAAGACGAUUUACGUAGAGAUAAGCAUUUUUUGAGCUUGGAAAUAUUGGAACGAAUAAUGAAACAUUGUCAGUCAUCGGAUUCGGCUUUCUUAGUAUAAUAUAAAACAAAUAAAAAACGUUGAUCUCGGAGGGUUUUAUCCAUACUGAUUUUCGACGUCGGUGGAUAAUACCCCUCGAUUUGCAUAAUUCUUCAUCCAUGUAUCAUACUUAGUCUCAUUGAAAUUACUAUUUAUUUCACAAUGAAAAUUGCCUGAACGUAAGCACAAUUGGACAGCACAAGCACAGAGACAGGAAUCAACAGUAAUCUAUUCCCAGUGGACGCUCGCAUAACAAAGGCCUGGGACUCAAGAGAUGAGUUACGGGACAUGCGAGUCCGCAGGCGAGAAGGCGAUAGGACUAGACCAAGAUAAGAGAAAAAAUCGGGCGGGAGGGAGGGUUAAACAAACGAACCCCAAAGCAAAAAGGGUGAAGACCCCCCCCCACAAAGGGGCUUCCACGGGCGCAUGAAUCCAAUCCUUCCGCCCUUGCAGCCAAACUGGACAAAUUUGCUUACACACGUGUUUAUUUAUAUAGAGAAAGCCACUCCCGAGGGAGAAACGCACACACACUCCUGAAAUAGAUCUCUCGCUACUAAUUCGUCAGAAUUAAGGCCAGUGUUACACGAGCGAGCACUGGGAAUACUUUCCCUUUUUAACGCUUGCAUUGUGCCUGUGUCGCUCUCAUUGAGAACUAGGCUUUAAUUUUGUUUGUUACAACACUUCAUUCCAGCAUAUUUGAUGAUGUUACCCCUGCAUUCAAACAAUGGAAAUCAAAGGACGUUAAAAUAUAUAUCUAUUCAUCUGGAAGUGUGGCUGCUCAAAAGCUUCUGUUUGGAAAUUCCAAGUUUGGAGAUUUAUUACAGGUAAUUAAACUGAGUUUUGCUCUGUAACAGUUUUUUUCUACUAGAGCUACAAAAAACCUUAUGCACAAUCUUAAAAAACUCCGAAACUCCUUGCGCCUUCAAAGAAAGCAGCUUAAAAUUUUAAUAGUGAGAGGAAGUAUUUCUGUAUUCCUGACGAAUCAGGAAAUUUUGAUACGUGAUUCACUUUUCUGUUUACACGGAGAUGCCUGAAUCCGAAAGAAAAAUAUCGACGUGUCCAGAGAUUUUGAAUACGGUGAAUGAAUACUUUGAAUCCAAAUGAAUAUUCUCACAUUAACAUCUGUGUGUGUAAACGUUAAUGAAUCCAAAUACCCUAUAUGUAGUUAACCCGGAAACAUUUAUGAAUUCGGAAAAAGAACUCCCCUUUAGUUCAAAACCUAGCCGUUCUUGUGUCGUCAUGCAACGCUCCUGCGUAGAGAGCAGACUAGUUUAAACCUGGCCUAAUAAUCUGAUAAUGACGUCAUUGCAUAUGUGACUGCAAGUAAAUAUCAAACACUGACAGACCUGGUGUGGUAUUUGUUAGACUACGAGUAGUUCCCCAUUUUUCUUCAGGGAUAGUAGAGCGAGCAAACGAAACGCGAGCGCGCGUGAAAAUCACCCCACGCGAGAAAAGGCGACACGCCGCGUUUCGCUCGCUCUACCAUCCCUGAGGAAAAAUGGGGGACUACUCGUAGUCUAGCUAUUUGUUUGACAAGUUGUGCGGUAUUGGUCAUCACCUCUUCCAUUAGGUAACCUUCGUCACGAUGUGUGUCUUCUUCACGUUCAUCCUUAAUAUCAUCAUCAUCAUCAUCAUCAUCAUCAUCGUUAUCAUCAUCAUCAUCAUCAGCAUCACUGACACUCUUACUACCAACACUCAUAGUUUUUGUGUCAAUUGGUUAACAUUCUUGGAUUUUUUUCUCCUCGCCUCUAGUAUAUAAAUGGUCAUUUUGACACUAAUAUCGGAGCGAAAAUGGAAUCAAACAGUUACGAGAAGAUAGCAGAGGAGAUGAAGAUGAAGCCGUCGAGUAUUCUUUUUGUUACUGACAUUAUUGGUGGUAAGCUGUUAGAGUUAUCAUUGUGAAACACAUCCAUUUUGGUUUUGUUUGAAAACUCUCAUAGUCAGGCGAAAAAACCUCUCAUAGUUCCUUUGUUUAACAAAGAUUAAGUCGACCAUAACCAAAGGGAGAACGCAGAAAAAAGGUUUUCCUGAUUAAUAAUUCAUGGGCGAUGGAGUGUCCAUGGAGUUCUCCCGUAGCCUUCAAAUACGGCCGUCUCCUCUCGCGAACUCGCCCUGCUAGAGACAUUUUGCCACCUGCGUCUCCUCGCUCCCCGCCGCUAGAGACAUUGCGAGGGAGAGAGUCGCUCCCACGAAACGUCCCAAGCGGCGAGGAGCGAGGAGACACGGCUGUAUUCGCAGGCCAGUUCUCCCGUUCUUUUUCGUUAAACUUUGCUUCCAAUGAUAUCUUCCGUGAACAUUUCGGCCCAAUUAGUUACCCGUGUGGGGUCUCCAAGGUACGGUUAAGACCCGAUCCCGGAGAUGACCUCCAAAAAGGACUUUACAGAUUAAAGGAUGCAAAAAACCGACACGCCGGAAUCUGGGUAAUAUUCUCGAUUAGACGUGGCGCUUCCCUAGUAUGUUUUAACUAGUAUUGUAUGAGGCUGUACAUGAGAACGUUGACUGAGAGUCGCUCAUGCAGUUAUUAACAAAACUCUUCUUGAGGUACAUGAAAAAGGGUUCCAUUUUCAAUGGAAAGUGUCAGUAAUAAAAGGGGUACCCAUUUGGUCAGAAGUAGGAUAUAGAAGGGCUAGGGUCUGGACCUCGGGGCAGAGCAUACCUGUAUAAAACUUGUACCCUCCCCCACCCCUCUUCCGUGCCCUGCAAGUGGGGUUCCUGUUUAUAACAGUUACAUGCAAGUGGAAGCAUGGGUAAGGAUGUAUAAGAAUUGGUUGCCAUUUUAACGCUUCGCGCCCUAGCACAAUUAUGUUGGAAAAUGGCUUCGACAAUUCUACAAUUUAGUUCAUUAGCACCUAGUAUAACUUUUUUAGUAAGCGUACGAAAGGUUAAAAACAGGGUAUUGGCAAUACGUGAAACUUCGAACAUUGCGGCAAAUGACGAGGCCGCUUAGCUCGUUUAAACUUUGACACUAUUUGAUCGCGCUUGAAUUUUUCAUUUUCAAACUAAGUGUUCUUUUUCCAUGUGUUUUUCUCGCAGAGGCAAAAGCUGCUUUAGAGGCAGGAUUUAAAACUGCUGUCAGUGUUCGACCGGGAAACGCAGACCUCACAGAAGCAGAUAAAAAGAAGUUUACAACAAUAUCAACAUUUGAUGAGCUGUUUCCCGAGACUGCCACGAAAGAUUCACCCAGGAUAAAGAAAGCAAAACCAGAUGUCUGA